UUUAACAUAAACCCCUGAAGACAGAUUCCCCUCACUCCGCAUCUUCUCUUUCACUCUUUGGGUCUCUUGAGUGUCUGAGCGAAGCCCUAAACUUCCUUGCUGAAAGUUUUCUCGCCAUUUGCAGUUCUGUCUGGACUUGGACUCAGAAAGGCCAACAAAGCUUCAUAUACUGAUGUCUGAAAAUAUGGAGCAAUCCCCGGAGCUGCCACUGUCGUCUCUGGUUACCUCCCUUCCAGAUGACAUCAUUGUUGAUAUUGUAGCACGUCUACCGAUUAGCCAUUAUCCGACUCUCUCCCUCGUUUCCAAGAUUUUCCGGAAACUCAUUGCCUCGCCUAAGCUAUACAAGAGACGAACCUUGCUAGGCUUCACCGACCACCGUCUCUAUGCUGUCCUCCGCGACCGCAAAACUGGUGAUUGCCGUCUCUACAUUCUCCACCGUAGAGCCAACAGCAGUAACCGCUUGGUCGUUGUUCGGUCACUUCCUCCUAUGUCUUCUAGUGAAAGCUAUGGCUCGUUGGGUUCCAAUACAUAUGUGUUUAACUAUCUCGAUGACUGUACAUCUCACACUGUGCAGCCCAUCUCCGUCACACCUCAGUGCAUGCCUGAGGACUGGGAUGGUGCGUGUGUGGUUGACGAUGUCCUGUACUAUCACGAUUGUUGGGGGAAGGUGUUAAGGGCGUAUGAUCCAAAGCAGAGCUGUUGGAGUGUUGUCAGGGGUUUGGGUGAGUUCUUAGCUGCUGAGACUACCCGAUCACAGUGGUCUAAUACAGUGAACUAUGGUGCGAAGAAGUUGGCUCUCUUCUUUCCUAAAAUACAUGAAGGCAAGGAGAUGAUUUGUUGUGCGGAGAUUGCUUUGGAAAAGCGCCAGGGAGGAGAGAUUUGGGGUAAGAUGGAGUACUGUGAUGUUGUCAUUGACGAUGGGCUUUUUAACAUUCUGAAAUGUGUGACUGUUGUAGUUUGAUGCACGGUGAAACCUUAGUUACUUCUUAGUUUCACUAUGGUAAAUCCCAUCGUGUGGAUGUGGUUGAAAGUUUCCUCACAUGUUAAUGUAGACUAAACCUUGAGAGCUUGUUUUA